AUGACAGAGCUUUCCGGUCUGAGUCAGGGCGUGGCUGGCGUCCCGGGAGCUGCUGGCAGCAGGUCUGCACCGCCCCCUCCCACAGCUACUGUGACUGGGCGGGUGUCAGUGGAAUGCCUUGGGUGCGAGGACACGGUGCGACUGCUGGGCGACCACAAGAUGUCAUCCCUGUGUCAGCGCUGCGCUGCUCACAAAAGCGUGGCUUCUUACUGGGACCGGGCUGUUUAA